AAAAUAUUACACUGAAACGCUGUCUAUAUUUAAUAUUUCUUUAUUAUUAUAGUUCUGUAGUUAUUAUCACUACCUUUAGAUCCUUGUUAUAAGGUUGGCUAUCCAAUUCACACAAGAAAUCGUGAAUCAUAGCAUCAGAAAUGCUUCGUCGCCAGGCCAGAGAAAGAAGGGAGUUUUUGUAUCGUAAGUCUGUUGAAGACAAAAGACGAACAAUUCAAGAGAAGAAAGAUAAACUCAAGCGGUCAUUAGAUGAAAACAAAAUCAUACCUACUGAGCUACGAAAAGAUGCAUUGGCCUUGCAAUCAGAAUUAGAAUUUGAUGAUAAAGGAGCUGCAGGUGUAUCUAAUUCUAUUGAUGAUGAAUACAGAUGGGUGGGAGUAGAAGAUCCAAAAAUUAUGAUUACUACUUCUCAUGAUCCAAGUUCGAAACUGAAGCAAUUUGCGAAAGAAAUAAAACUAAUGUUUCCAAAUGCACAACGACUCAACAGAGGAAAUCAUGAAAUGAAGGCUCUUAUAUCAGCUUGCAAGGCAAAUGAUGUCACAGAUUUUAUUGUUCUGCAUGAACAUAGAGGAGAACCUGAUGGACUGAUAAUUUCACAUUUACCACAUGGACCAACUACAUAUUUUAAUAUGUCAAAUUGUAUUAUGAGGCACGAUAUUCCGAAUGUUGGUACGAUGUCCGAGGCAUAUCCGCAUUUAAUAUUUCAUAAUUUUAACUCAAGGCUUGGAGAAAGGGUCAAAACAAUUCUUCAAAGUUUAUUUCCUGUUCCAAAAGAAGAUUCAAAACGUGUUGUAACGUUUGCUAAUGAAGAUGAUUAUAUAUCUUUUCGUCAUCAUGUUUAUUCUAAACCAGACCGUAAAACAGUUGAAUUAACAGAAGUUGGACCAAGAUUUGAAUUGAAAUUAUAUGAAAUCAAGCUUGGUACGUUGGAUCAAGCAGAUGCUGCAGACACAGAAUGGAGAUUACAUCCAUACAUGAACACUGCUAAGAAAAGGAAAUUUUUGUGACAUUUCGAAUACUUUGUAUUGUAUACUCGAAUAACUGCAAAGUUUUUUUUAAUGCUCUAAACUGCCAUCAGUUUUCUUGCAACAAUACCUUACUUUGUAAUGCAAUGCCAAUGUUUUCUUUUUAAAAAAUAAUAAAAUCAUGGAUUUAAGAGA